UUCAACAACAAACCAACAUUGCAGUCGACCGUGGAUUACACGAUUACCCACUUAACAAUAUCAGAGAACCGCGCGUGAGUCAAAAUUAUCUACACAGUCGCACAACGUCGGCCAAUAUGGCCGCGAACGACGUCCAUCGACGUCGUUGAAUAAUAUAAUACGAAACAGCUGUUUUUAGUGCACAGUGAUCAAGUUGGAGGAUUAUAUACAACACAAUGAAUAUUGUUUUGUGCGAUUUUCUUAGUAGUGUGAUGUGCGAAUAAAUUUUUUGUGUUAAAAGUCAUGAGAAGGACUCCCCAGAGUCAGUCGCAAGGACAACUCGAUAAAAAUGAAGAAGAAUGUACCAGCACUUCGUCUCCGUCACAAAUAUUGGAAAGAGUCCAAUCGGAUCGCGUUACUGUUACGAAGCCCGAAGAAGAUCGACGCAGAAGAACGAUAAUUGUGGAAAAGAAAAACGGUUCCUUCGGUUUCACUCUUCAAAGUUACGGUAUCCAUUACAAAAAAGAAAAAGAAAUAGAAAUGAUUACAUACGUUGAUUACGUUGACUACGACGGACCUGCUUAUAGAGCUGGUAUGAGAGAAGGCGACGUCAUAUUAUCCAUAAACGGUACGGACAUGGAAAAAGCCGAUCAUAAAACUCUAGUCAGUUAUAUAAAAAAAUGUGAUAACCGUAUGAGGAUGGUGGUACUUUUCGAGGAUUGCGUUAGAAAGGUCGAACUGCACAUGCGUUAUAUUCAACUACAACGAAUCCUCCAAACUAAAAUGGAGGAAUUAGAGAGGCUGUGCAUACGAGAAAGACAAUUAUUAGAAGGGAAAUGGAAGACGCAUAGUUUACCGGCUAGAAAAAAAGCUUCCCAAUCUUGUAACGAAGGACCACCCACACCAACGCAAGCUUCUUAUUCAUAUUGCAGACCGACUGUUUCAACUGAAGAUGUAGCGAAAAUUGCCCAGCAACAGAAGCAAGCGACGCCGCCUCUGGCUUUCGCUUAUCAAUAUUUAGAUUCUCGUUAUAGAUAUAUUCUUCAACCGUCAAAUACAAGCAGCGGGGAAUAUUUAUUAACAUUGGAGCCUCCCCAAUAUAAAGAUCAGCACAAUCUCAUAAUAAAAACCCCUUGCGAGCAGAAACAGAAUAGAGCUUCCCAACAGAGAAUUGAGAAACCGAGAAAAGCCCCGGUUUUAUGUCAACGCUACGCAGGACAACUCUGCAAUCCUUGCGUGCAAUCAGGAUCUUCAAGUAAUGGAGAUAACAAUAGUUUAGACGCGUACGACCUGGCGAGUCCAUGUUGCGAUCCAAGAUGCGUACCGAAUAACAGAAGAAGAUCGCGCAGCCACAAAGAACAUAGAAAAAGAGAUUCUAAGACUGAGGAAACUCAAACCGAACCCCAGCAAACGAGAUCUCGACCACAUUCUCAAUCGUCGCAAACUACUCCCGAUUAUCCGGUUCAAAAAAGAUAUUUCCAUUUUGGAACGGGCCUAGUGAGUCAAUGUAGUUUACAUUCCUGCACAUCGAGCGAAGUCAGUAACGCAGUACCGACAACGUUAGGCGAAAGUUCUGCCAAUAGUUAUACGACUUCUUUAAGUACCGACACCCUGUAUUGGGACGGAUCCUGUGAUACUAGACGGACGAGCAUAAAGUCUUCUUCUAAGCAUGACCAACAGAGAUACUCGCAACAACCCCAGCAGUACGAAACUAUCUACAUCCAAUACAAACAAGUGAAACCGAAGUCUUGGGAUAAUUUGGCUACGAAAGCGUUCGGUGGUUACGGUUUUGGUUACGGAUAUUUGGAUACUUCUUCGAAAUGCGGACAAAAAUCCGGUCGACCUCCGCCUUCUACUAAAAGUCAGGGUACUCAGUACGUUAGGAUGGAUAAGCAGUCGAGCAGUGGAGGAACUUCGGGGCAACUUCAGUAUACCCCGCAUACACAUCGAAGAUACAUACAACCAACAAAAUCAACAGAAAGUCUCCUAUCAGCUCCAAAAUAUUCAUCUGAAGCCUUAUCAGACUCGAGCUUAUCUUGUGAAUGUUUGGAGAACGUUUCUCCCGGUCCGGAAUCAUCGGAGAAUCGAUUUUUUCCCUGUACUAGAUCUAGCUUAAUCAGUCCUACUGACCCAAAUUUUGGAUAUUACAGUGCAAGAAGGGCAUCCCGAAACGAAUAUACCAAAAACGUCGUAACCACGAGCUCAGAAGCUACACGAUUAUAGACAAACAACUUUUUACAUGUAUUAGAGCAUUUUUUUGAUGCUUCGUUUUGUUUUUAAUUUAUUUACAACGUAUAAAUGUGAUUAUUAUUUGUUUUAAUAAAAACUUUUGUUAAAA